AUCGGUUUUCUAUCUAAAAAAAUUACACACAUUGAAUCCUCUAAUCCUUUUCUGAUUUGAUCGAAUCAAAUCAAUCUCAAUCUCAAUCUCAAAUCUCAAAUCUCAUGCCAAACUGUAUAUAUUGUACUUCACUACUGUCAUAAAGUUGCCACAUGCUAUCUACCAUGGCUUUAUUCUUCUUUUUGGGUCUCAAUAUGAUGGCUUUAAACCAUUGCUCUCACUUCACAUCCCACCAGUAACUGUUCCAUCAAAUUCCCCAAGAUGAAAAUCAUCAUCAGCAUUCUCUUCAUAUGUGGCCUCGCAUUCUUCGUGAUAUUCAUGUCUCUGUUGGAACCACAGAACUUGCUGGGCACCGAAUUCGACGUUCGAGUCAUCAACGGCUUCACAAACAACUCGUCCCUGCCGCUAGUCGUCUGGUGUUCGUCGAAAGAAAAUGAUCUCGGUGGACGUGCGCUUCAGGAGAAGGAUGACUUCAGUUGGAGGCUGAGGACUAACUUCUGGGGAUCGAGUUAUAACCAUUUCGUGUGCACGAUGAAAUGGGACGAAAAGCGAAGGCGCUUCGAUGCCUUCAAGAUUCCGAGAGACAUUCAACGGUGCGGUCCUUUGCGGAAGUGCUCAUGGCUGGUGAGGGAGGAUGGAUUUUAUUUCAGCAACGAUGAAGUAAACUGGAAAAAGGACUUUUCAUGGUAG